AAAUAAAAAAAUCUAAAAAAAAUUAAAUAUUAUAUUAAAAAACAAAAAACUAAAAAACUAAAAAAAAAAAACAGGGAUGGGUUCCAAGGUGAUUCAAGCUGCAUUGAUUUUUUUCUCUGUGUCAUAUCUUGGAGCAACCGUACAAGGCAUUGAGGUUGACGUUAAAAAAUCCGGUGCAAAAGCCGAUGGGAAGUCCGAUGAUACUGCGGCUUUUAAAAAAGCUUGGGAUGAGGUAUGCAAAGCGACGGAGCCAAGCACGCUCACGGUUCCGGAAGGCAAGUAUACGGUGGGUCAGCUUGGGUUUCUAGGUCCUUGUAAGAGUGCCAUAACAUUUAAUGCGGAAGGCGCCGAGUUUAUUGCGCCAACUGACCCCACUCAGUUUAAAACACGAGAUGGAUGGAUUUUGUUCAGCAUGGUUAAAGACUUGACGGUCUCCGGUGGCACUUUCAACGGCCAGGGUUCCGCUGCCUGGAAAAUAAACAAUUGUAACAAGAGUUUCGAUGGAAAUUGUAGAAACCUCCCCAUUAACUUGAACCUAGGCACGUUGACAAACUCGGUGGUGAAAGGAGUAACGUCUGUGGACAGCAAGUUUUUCCAUAUGAAUGUGAUACAGUGCAAGAACCUAACGCUGAGUAAAAUCACCAUCACGGCGCCGGGGGACAGCGCAAACACCGACGGAAUCCACAUCGGGCGUUCCAACGGGGUUACUGUGAACGGCGCCGACAUAAAGACCGGCGAUGACUGUAUCUCAUUCGGGGACGGCAGCCAGCAGGUGACCGUUGAGAAUGUGAAAUGCGGCCCUGGCCAUGGAAUCAGUAUCGGAAGUUUAGGAAAAUACCCUAAUGAACAACCUGUGAUGGGAGUGACCGUCAAACAUUGCACACUCUCUAAUACUUUGAACGGAGUUAGGAUCAAGACAUGGCCGGCGUCUCCAAACGGCGUUGCCACCGGCAUGCACUUCGAAGAUGUGACGAUGGAAAACGUCAGCAACCCAAUCUUGAUCGAUCAGGAAUACUGCCCCUGGAAUCAAUGCAAGACCGGUGUCCCGUCCAAAAUAAAGAUCAGUGACGUUAGCUUCAAGGACAUAAAGGGGACGUCGGCGACAAAGGUGGCAGUGAAAUUACUAUGCAGCCCCGGAGUACCGUGCGACAAAGUAGAGCUAAGCGGGGUAAACUUGGAAUAUAAAGGAACCAACGGCAGCGCCAUAUCUGAAUGUGACAACAUUAAACCAACACUCUCCGGCAAAAACAGCCCUCCAAUUUGUGAUGCCGCUAAAGCUUAAUCACUCUGUGUAAGCCCGUCUCAAAGUAGUAUUAGAUUUAAGUACGUGCUUGUAAAUAAACAGCGCCCCUUACGUGUUUGUAUAUAUGCACGGCACGAUUGAGUGGUGAAAUUUGUUAUUACUAUUUAUCAAUAAUAUCAUUCAUCUUUUCUAAAA